AUAAAAAUAAAGAAAAACAAAUCUUUCAAUUAGGUGGAGAACUUUUCUCCAAACUAAGUGGCAAAGGUCAGGGGUCAGUGAAAACAACAGCCGUUUGGUAGUUUUACCAGUGAGUGAGUGAGGGAAGAUGUCUGGAGAGGAGCAGAGUCUGUCUGAGGUAGACAUGAGUCCAGGAGUUUCGGAUGAUGGUCAUUCUAUGUCCCCCUGUCACUCAUCCCAUGCCGCAGGUGGGGGUGACUCCCCCCUGCCUGGUCAGCAGCCCCAGCUGACCAGUGAGGAGGCCUCCAGGUUGUCCAGCAGCAUCCAGAACAAACCUGAAGAGGAAGAUGACCGCUUCCCCAUCGGAAUCCGUGAGGCGGUCAGCCAGGUGCUAAACGGCUACGACUGGACACUGGUGCCCAUGCCUGUGCGCGUCAACUCGGGCAGCAAGAGCAAGCCGCAUGUGAAGAGGCCAAUGAAUGCCUUCAUGGUGUGGGCGCAGGCUGCUCGGAGGAAACUGGCCGAUCAGUAUCCACACCUUCACAACGCAGAGCUCAGCAAAACACUGGGCAAACUGUGGAGGCUGCUAAAUGAAAACGAUAAAAGGCCGUUUAUCGAGGAAGCGGAACGUUUGAGGAAACAGCAUAAGAAGGACUACCCUGACUAUAAAUACCAGCCACGCAGACGCAAGAACGGUAAACCUGGGUCCAGCUCUGAGCAGGAUGGCCAUGCGGACACUGAAGUCAGCCACAGCCAAUCACAUUAUAAGAGCCUCCACCUGGAGGUGGCCCAUGGAGGGGGGGCAGGGUCUCCGCUGGCUGACGGACACCACCCACACGCUGCAGGUCCAAACCACAGCCCCCCAACUCCUCCCACUACCCCCAAAACAGAACUCCAGGGUGGCAAAUCCGGAGAAGGGAAGCGAGAGGGUGGGGCCAGCAGUCGGAGCUCUCUGGGGGUGGGGUCAGAUGGAAGCUCUGCCUCCUCCUCUGCUUCUGGUAGUGGCAAACCACACAUCGACUUUGGUAAUGUGGACAUUGGCGAGAUUAGCCAUGAGGUGAUGGCAAACAUGGAGCCUUUUGAUGUCAACGAGUUUGACCAGUACCUGCCGCCCAAUGGCCACCACCAACAGGGCUCAGGGGCAUCAGCAAGCUCAAGCUCCGCCUCCUACUCUUACGGAAUCUCCUCGGCACUAGCUGCUGCUAGUGGUCACUCUGCUACCUGGCUGUCCAAACAGCAGCAGCAUUUGGGCUCAGAUAGUGGUGGGAAGACACAAAUCAAGAGCGAAACACAUUUUUCCAGCGAAGCCACGCCCGCCGGCUCUCAUGUGACCUACACACCACUCAGCUUGCCACACUACAGCUCGGCUUUCCCUUCGUUGGCCACAAGGGCGGCGCCGUUCGCUGAUUACGCCGAGCACCAAGCAUCCAGUUCCUAUUACGCCCACUCCAGCCAGGCGUCCGGCCUUUACUCUGCCUUUUCUUACAUGGGCCCUGCACAAAGGCCACUUUACACCGCCAUCACUGACCCUGCUUCUGGCCCCCAGUCACACAGCCCCACCCACUGGGAACAGCCCGUAUAUACCACCCUCUCUCGACCGUGACACACACACAAACACAUCCAGCCAGAGACGGACACAUAGGCACGGGGGGUGAAGAGGAGGCGGAAGAAGAUGAUGAUGAUGAUGAUGAUAAUGAUGAUGAUGACGAACAUGCUGGCCUGAA